GUACACAAUAACACAAGGACUUGUUAUUCUGAUGACACUGACAUGGUCAUUUUAGAGGGCUGCAUUGGGACAAAUAUUGCGGGAGCGGGUGGGAACGGGCGGCUAAAAAAAAAACCCACUGCGGGAUCUUGAGCGUUUCCAUUCUAUAUUUAUUCAUAAAUGGACAAAUAUACUCUGAACCAGCUUUCAUACCAAUUUGCCGCUUGCUCCACCUGUCUGUCUGUCUGUCUGUCUGUCUGUCAUAAGACAAACACGAAAGAAGACGUGCAGUUUAUUGUGUUUCACCGGUGACGAGCUGUCAUUACGGGCGACUAUUACGCACGUCUGCGCGCUCUUUAUAACUCACUGUGAACCUAUGUUGCAUAAUAAAGAUUUGCCCCCUCGUAAUUUUUAACCGCCCCCUCAGUAACUUCAUCCUGGCGCCAGGCUUGCCUUAACCUCAAUCACUGCGUGAUUAUAUAAAGGUAGGAAAAUAAAUAAAUACAGAGGAGGAGAAUAGAAUAUGAAACAGCCUUUAUUUCAUUAAAAACUAAAUGAAAACAACGAAAUAGGAGCGCUAUUCCUGACCAGUGCGUCAAAAGACGUGCAGGCCAGGGAAACGAAACAAACAACCCCAUGAAUCUCUUUAUUAAUAGCCUGUAAAAUGACGUGUUUUCUCCUGCGGGAUGGGAGAAGACACAAAAUCAUCGAUCUCCAUUAUUGUGCGGGCAUAAAUUCUCAGAGUUUUGCGGGAGUGGGCGGGAGUGGACAUACACAUUGCGGGUGCGGCGGGAGUGUAACGCACGUUGCGGUGGCGGGCGGUAAUGGCCAGAAAUUCAGCGGGAGCGGGCAGGAGCGGGAUGAAGAAAACAGUCCCGCGCAGGGCUCUAGUUGACAUCACUUUUGAGAGAUAAACUAAUGAUUUGGAGCAAGUUACAGGCUUUUGCAGGUAAUCAAUUUUGUGGUACUGUUUGUGCAAAUUGUUGUUAGAAAUGCACUUAGUGUUUUGCAGAUGUUUUGCAAAAGGAUGAUUUGAGAAAUGUACCAAAGCUACUGAUGAAAACUGUAAGAUCACAGACGUCCUCCACAAUUAUUACAAAUUGCAUUAACAUUUAGCCCCGGUGAUUUGUACUUGAUAACAAUAUUUCAAAAUAACGUUACACAUAUAGUAGGUCUUUGUAAAGACGCGCUCUGUCAAUGUUGGUGUAUGGUGCUAAACAAAAACUUCAUGUAGUUGCAUCAAAAAUACCCAGAGGUAAGGAGGUAGCACACGCAGAUCUUCAGACAAAGUUGCCAUUUCACGUCUUUUUGCUGUCAUUUUCAUGUUGUUUUAAAGAUGUAUGUGAGACCUUAGAAAGUUAAUCAUGUGACUCUGAGUAAUCAGUGACACUAAUCGGACACACCUGCCAACUCCAAUUUGCAUGACAUGACCUCCACUUUCUUUCAUGCUCUUAUGAAGGCCACUAGGCCAAAACGUUAGCAUGUUUAUUUGACAUGGCCGAAAUAAAUUGGUGAAAUGGAGAUUUGUUAACUUUCUGUGUGUGCUACCUCUUUACCUCUGGGUAUUUUUGAUGUAACUUUACACAUAUGUCAGCUGAAAUUAACUUUGCAGGUAGUCUGUGUUAACUAUGAUAACGUCAAGCAUGUUGUGUAUACUGAAGUUAGCCUAAUUUCAGAAUUAUCUUCCACCUGCACAGAUUGCCUGUGUGGCCGUACCAUCCCGCACCAAAAUGAGUGUUGGCUGCCAGUAUGAGGUUCAGCCUGAACCUUGUAUCACUAGCCGGGAGAUUGGAUGCCAGACUGAUAUAGCCCGGCGAAGCAAGUCUGUGAGCACACAGCUGUCCAAAGGAACCUUGGAGAAAAAAAGGAGCCAUGCCUGCCAAGCAAAGGUCUCGGUGUCAACCAUCGGUGUGGGUACUGACACCAUCAGGGCUGUGCCACGCUUCACCUCAAUACCACAGAAAGUGGCCGGGCAGUGUGACUCUCCACCUCGCAAGCGACCACGGCUGGAAUUAUCUGAUCUGCCAUCCUUUCUGGAGUCUGAGGAUACAACAUUCAUGGACCCAGAUGAUUCCACAUAUCUUCAAAGCAUAGAUGAUGAUUCUACAACCGAGAAACCACCUGUCAAAUCAAUCCAAGACAUGGCCAAGUAUAUCGUGUACGAAGACUGCCUGCUGGAUUUGUUCAACAUCUGUCCUGUAUGUUCAAGAUCCUGUGUGGUUAAAACAUACACCAGAGGCACUCUCCUGUCUGUGGACCAGCAAUGCACCCACCAGACCUGCAUGUACACCAGGAAGUGGGACAGCCAACCACUUAUUGGCAGCUCCCCUGCAGGGAAUAUCCAUCUCUCUGCUGCUGUUUAUUUCACAGGAACCUCUAUGGUUCAGAUGAAUAAGGUUCUCUCAGCUCUGCGUGUAAAGACACUGUCGAGAACAACAUUCAAUAAGCAUGUGAAGUCCUAUAUUCAACCUGCCAUCAUCCACAAAUGGAAAAUGGAUCAGCAAAGCCUUCUUCUGGACCUAAAGCAGAAGGAGCACGUUUGGCUGGGAGGGGACAUGAGAGCUGACAGCCCUGGACACUCUGCUAAGUUUGGCGCUUAUUCAAUCAUGGACCUUGCCACGAACAGAGUUGUUGAUAUUCAGCUUAUUCAGAGCAAUGAGGUGGGUGGCAGUGUGUGGAUGGAGAAGGAGGGCCUGAUUCGCAGUCUGGCAUUCCUGGAUGAAUCUGGUGUGAAGGCGGCUUCUCUUGUGACUGACCGACACCCACAAGUUCAGAAGUACCUUAGGGAGCAGAGACCAGACAUCAUGCACUAUUAUGACGUAUGGCAUGUUGCAAAAGGCAUUAACAAAAAAGUGGAGGGAGUCGCGAAGGAGAAUGGAUGUGAGAAAGUAAAGAAAUGGCAGGCAAGCAUCAAGAACCACCUUUACUGGUCAGCUGCAAACUCCUCAAGUGGGGGAGAGACUGUGGCCAAGUGGACCUCCCUGAUGAACCACAUCCAAAAUAUCCACGUGCAUGAAGAUCCCCUGUUCCCUGCCUGCCUGCAUGGACCUACCACAAGCACCUCAAAGUGGCUAAAGCCGGCCACCAAACCAUACUACAGGCUAGAAAAAGUGCUGGAGAACAAGCGUCUUCUCAAAGACAUCUCCAAGCUCAGCCCACUGCACCAGACAUCUAACCUGGAGGUGUUCCACAGUGUCAUCCUGAAGUUUGCACCCAAGAAUGUGGCCUUUUCAUACCAUGGGAUGUUGUGCAGGCUUUACCUGACUGCAUUUCAUUUUAAUGAAAAUGCUGGCCGCUGCCAGGCGAGGACUGCUCAAGGAGACCUUAGAUACAGAGUCUGCUUUCCCAAGGCCAAGAAGGGUGCACCCUCCGUUGAGCAAGUGAAAACGCCACAAACUUGUCGCUAUGUUGAUGAACUCCUGAACCUCCUGUUCAACAAAGUGCUCCAUGACCCUGCUCCCUUCGUGGAACAACUAAAGGCAGUGUCAGUCCCACAGCCCCUGUGCAGCCAGUACGAGAGGCCGGAGAAGGGAGAAGUUAUCGCUAACUAUGUCUCCCGCUUCAGUCGUCCAGGGAUGGCCUGAAACCCACAUAUUCAUCCUCCUCAUCUGGGUACUCGCGGUGGAUUCUGAGCACCACACAGGAAGUCUGACAUCACCUAGGCUGCUGGAGGAUGGACCACUACUCAUCUGCCCUGGCUGCUUCGCUGCUUAGUUGAUAUAACAUUUAUUUAUCAUUUUGCCAGAUGGCAGCCAGAUGAACAAGCUCUUGCUACCGCCAGCAAUACAAACAUUCAAAUACUGCCAUCUACUGGCCAAAUUGAUUAAGCUGUAAACUGUAGAGCAGCUGCAGACUGCACAGAACACAGCGGUCAGGCUUUUAACCAGAAAAAACACAUCAUCCCGAUUUUAGCCUCUUUACACAGGCUUCUAUCUGUUGCAGACUCUCAGCUGAAGAC